AUGCAGAAACUCGCAGGCUUCUCGUGCGUUUCAUCGUGUAUACGUGGUAGUUCAUCGUGGCAAUUCUCCCCACAAUCACGCUCUCUUCCCCCGCCGCCCACCCCCUCCCCAUUUCCCCGACCAACACCGCCGUUAACACAAGUUCCUCUCACCCACACUUUCGCUUAG